CUAAAGACAGAGACCUGGAUCGCUCCAACACCACAGGCUGUCAUCACCAAACACAAGUGGGACAAUGACAGAGCUGGAUUAUUUACAUUAAGAACUACCUGACCCAGGUUUGUCCUGAGUGGCUGAAGAAGUAUGUGAACUAUGGGAGGAGCUCUCUGCUGAGAACAGCCCUUCCCUCAGUGUCUCUCCUCCAGAAGACUCCCUCCUCUCCAGUCAGCUGCCACGCUACAGGUUUCUACCCUGACAGAGCCAUGAUGUUCUGGAGGAAAGAUGGAGAGGAGCUUGAUGAGGACGUGGACCAAGGAGAGAUCCUCCCCAACCAUGAUGGAACCUUCCAGAUGAGUGUUGACCUGAAAUCACCUGCACCUGGAGACUGGGAGAGGUAUGAAUGCGUGUUUCAGCUCUCUGGUGUGAAGCAGGACAUCAUCAAAAGACUGGACAAAGCAGGGAUCAGGACCAACAGGGGUCAGGCUGGAAUCACAGCUCUCCAUAUUAGUUUUAAAGUUAUUAGAGCUGCUUCAGCACUGUUCCUG